AUGGUCGCCAUCAACGGAACAUACGAUGUGAUGCUGGUACCCCUGCUCAUGCCAGUAGCACAGAUCCUCAACUUUCUCCCUCCCAAAGUUCGCGACAUUGAUCCUUCGCCGCUGAUCCCCUUCACUCAGGACCAGAUCUCGUCCCUCGGUCUGGACACCUCAGCAUACAAUGCCGGCGUCAAUCAUCCCGUCAUGCUCGAACUGGGGUACCAGGACCACACCGGUCCCGGUCCACGACUCUUCCGUCUCAGCUUCGACGAAGCCAAACUCGAAGUGCUCGGCAUGCGUCAUCCUUCGCUCGCCGGCAAACAGCCCAACACCGCCGACAAGGGCUUUGUCUAUAAGCAACUCAUUCUCUUCUCCAACUUUGUGCUCUUCACUUCGUCCAACGUCAUUGCCGGUUUGAGGAGCAACCUCGCCACCGUCACCCCAUCCAAAUCUCCCUCCAUCUACCCCGUCGAUGAGCAGACCAUCCUCUACAAUGUCAAGGACUACAUCGAGGUCAACUUUGCCAAGAACGGAGAGCAGGGCUCCGCAGCAAACAACGGCGCCGUUCAGUGGGCCGGUAGACCGUGGUACGGCUGGGCGACCGGCGACACACUGACACAAUUCGUCUUCGAUGUCGACAAUGCAAAGAUUCCUCCCGUGCCCUACAAGGCGGAUACCAGGGUCAAGACUCCCGCUUUCUACGACCCUUCAGUGGCGAGCCAAGCUGCUAGCGUCAAGCCCGAAUGGAGCGAAUUCGACGGAGUCGCAAGCUGGAGAUUCCAAGCCGACUAUUACUCGCGAGAUAUCAAGGCUGCCGACGCCAACUCUGUCUGA